AUCAAGUUCCUCCCAAUAAAUAUAUAUAUAAUCUUGGUUUCAGUGUUGAAGUUGGCUUUGCUUCGCCGACAGGCAUUGUCACGACAUUGUUUGGGACUUCUGAUACCUAAUAACCUUUUGAAAUGCGUUCCUGUUCACGAGAGCUCAUUACACUUCAAAGAUGGAUAAGCAAUGCGGCCACACACAGCGGGCGGCAUCAUCAGUGCAGCAGUCUAGUCGCGCCAAGCCUAGAGUCCUUGCCCAGCACAAGUGGUCGUGUGGACGGCGCUUACUUUCUACAACGUCUCGCCUCUCGGAGUUACUCGGCGAAAGCUGAAGUCGCGCGAACAACUGAGGCCGCGCCGGCGGCAGGAGCAGACAAAGCAGCAGCCGUCGCAUCUCCCUCUUCCUCCUCCCCCGCUCCCUUCUACGCGGGCCUAGCGCAGCGCUACCCCGACCCCGACCACAUCCCCGAGGCCACCCUGCAGCGACUGCGCAACGAGCUGUUCGGGCGGCCCGUGCGGCCGCGGGAGACCACCGGGCGGCGCGCGCUGGCCCGCCCGCUGCAGGGCCGGCAGCUGGCGGACUGGUACUUCCUGCCGCCCGCUGAGGUGCCGGGCUUCCAUAACGAGGAGAAGGAGUAUGAGGUGAGCAAGGCCAUGAACCGGCGCCAGCGCAAGGACGCAGCGGCCGAGGAGGCGCCCGCCAAGGGCAAGAAGAAGAAGUAAUGGGCUGGUGGCUGACGCGGCGGCAUUGAGUGCUGCGAGUAUGUGUGUCGUGCGGUGCGGGUUGCACAGCCAGCGGCAGGGAAGGGGGGGGGCUAGCUGCGAACGUGGUGGCCGGCGUGGGGGCUUACGGGUUGUGGUAUCCGAGUCCUUGGGAGGAGUGCUCGGCUGUCGGAGCUGCCUCUUGGACGGGUUAGGUCGGCAUGGCUGUUAUGUGGGUCGGGGUGGCAGUGCGCUGCUGGCUGCCUAGCUGUGGGUGGGGCAGCAGCUGUGUGGAGGCGGCGUGCGACUGUGGACUGUGGAGGGUAGGCACCUGUACCGGUACUCUUCCUGCUUUAGAGGCGAGGCCCCCUUCUGACACGCAGAGCGGCAGGAACCCUUGUUAUAUACUUCUUCGGAUAAAGCUCGCUGUUGCUGCGACGGCUGCUGCUACUGGUGUAAUCGCUCAGCGACGGCGCUGGUGGGGUGAGGCCCGGGCCGCACAUGAGGCACGACUGCCGUUGCUCCCCGCCUGCACGCGCGGAUGCCGCCACUGGCAGCUGUAGGGUGGAGGAUUCGGAGACCGUGCCGGGCACGAGGAGGCAGAUGACGGUGUGCAUGCGGAGACUUUUGGAGACUAGGAGGGGUGCUGCGUCGGAUGGCAAGGCGUUUGUGUUAGGACUGUGUCUGUGUGACCCUUGACAAGUGCGUCAACCUGAGCGAAUGCCGCAACCGCAAUCUCAGCGGUAGGGAGCCGACCUGCCGGGACUUCGGAGGCCUUUGGUCACCCGCACGCAACGCCUCUACAAAGUUGUGUCAGACAAGACGACCCCAGUAACAUCAUAUAGGGGGAAAACAUGCGCCAUGCAAACGAACC